AUGGCUAUGUUGAUCGAUGAUACUGUCGGAAAUUUUGAUUUUUAUAGCGGCGGCGGCGGCGAGACCACAAGCACCAUAUCAUCCUCUUCCUCGGAGGGCCGCAACUGGGGUGAUUGGUCUCCCUUAGUGGACUGGGACGCUCUUCGCGGCGGCAAUGAGGACUUCCAUGAUCUCAUUGACUCUUUGAUCGAUCAUGGUGCCGGUGCCGGUGCCGGCUACAUCCAUUCGGAUGGGUACAGCAAUUCACUUUCGCCGGACACGGACAUGAUGACAAUAGAUGCCGACGAGGAGCCAGCUACGGAGGAUUCAAAGGGUCUGCGGCUGGUCCAUCUCCUGAUGGCAGCGGCUGAGGCUCUAGCAGGGGCUAAUAAGAGCCGUGAUCUGGCGAAAGUGAUAUUGGUUCGGCUCAAGGAGUUAGCUUCACCAGCUGACGGAUCAAACAUGGAACGGCUAGCAGCGUAUUUUACCGAUGCUCUGUAUUCGUUGCUAGAAGGCACCGGUGGGUCACAUGGGAAGCGUGUCGUUCUUCACACGGGUGGUGGCGGGUUGUUGUAUAAUCGCGAUCCUGAUGUUCUUGCUGCGUUUCAGCUUCUUCAAGACAUGUCACCGUAUGUUAAAUUCGGGCAUUUCACGGCUAAUCAGGCAAUAUUGGAGGCCGUAGUGAAUGAUCGAAAGGUUCAUAUUUUAGACUAUGACAUAAUGGAGGGAAUCCAAUGGCCUUCGUUGAUGCAAGCAUUGGUUUCCAGGAAGGAUAAUAGCCCACCACCCACCCAUCUCCGUAUCACGGCGAUAUCACACGGCGGAAGUGCCCGGCGAUCGAUUGGGACCGUUCAAGAAACAGGGCGGCGGUUAGUUUCUUUUGCAGCGUCGAUCGGCCUUCCAUUUUCUUUCCACCAAUGUAGACUUGAUUCAGAGGAAGGAUUCCGGCCAUCAUCGGUGAAGCUUGUAAAGGGAGAAGCUUUAGUAGUGAAUUGCAUGUUACACUUGCCGCAUUUCAAUUACCGGUCGUCGAAAUCAGUUGGGUCUUUUUUGUCCGGAGCGAAAACCCUAAAUCCGAAAUUGAUGACGAUGGUGGAAGAAGAGAUGGGAUCCGGCGGCGGCGGCGGCGACGGGGGAUUCGUCGGAAGGUUCGUUGACUCGUUGCAUUAUUACUCGGCGCUGUACGACUCGCUGGAGGCCGGUUUAUUACCGGUGAGAGGGCAGAGCGCGAGCAGAGCAUUGGUGGAGCGGGUUUUCAUGGGGCCUCGGAUAGUGGCGGCGGUGGCCCGAAUUUAUAAAUCGGGUUGUGAAGGGGAGGAAGUGGAGGAAGGGUCGAGUGGGUCGGGUUCUUGGUUGUUGGGUAUCGGGUAUAAACCGGUUUGUUUUAGCUUCUCGAAUCAUUGUCAAGCUAAAUUGUUGCUUGGGUUGUUUAACGACGGGUAUGGUGUGGAAGAAUUGGCGAAGAAUAGGAUUGCUUUGGGAUGGAAAUCUCGCCGUCUAUUGUCUGCCUCUAUUUGGACAUCGUCAUCUUACACUUAA